AUGGUCAAUGGGAACCUAGAGGAAUGGUUGCAUCCAAACGACCACAACGAUGAUGCGCACGAGGAGUCAAGGAGAUUAAACUUUGUACAGAGGUUAAAUAUUGCAAUUGGCGUAGCUUCUGCACUCGACUAUCUUCAUCAUUGCCGCUCAGAACCAAUAGUGCACUGUGAUUUGAAACUGAGCAAUGUUCUUUUGGAUGAUGAAAUGAUUGCACAUGUAGGUGAUUUUGGAUUAUCAAGGUUCUUUCUCGAAACCACCUCCAAGUUGUCUCCAAAUCAAUCAAGGUCCAUUGGCAUACGAGGGUCUAUUGGUUAUACUGCUCCAGUACCAUAG